UUUAGUUUAUGAACUUCUGCUUCUGCCUUGUGUAUAAAACAGCGUAGUGCAGGGCUGGUGGGCAGAAGGCUUCUUCAUUUUACUCGGUGUUUUUGUAUUUUGCUCUUUUCACUAAAAGUUUUUGGAUCCUGAUCUAUUUCAUAAUUUUGAUUUUUCUGCCAAAAAAAAAAAUAAAUAAACAAUUAACUAAAACACAGAAACCAUUUUUAAUAUUUUGACAUUCAUCCUUCCAGAAGCUCUUCAUAUAACCUCAGUUAUUUUAUAUUUCUUUGCUGAAGAAACUGAAAAAAAAAUAAAAAAAAACCUAACUAAGGUACAGAAAGAAUUGAAAAAGCUUCAGCAUUCAUCCGCACAGAAGCUCUUCAUACAGAGUUGUCUGCUGAGUCAAGAUGGCAAGGUUGGUCAUUUGGGUCACUGUCUUCAUCUUAUUUGGAUCCUGUCUUGGAACUCCACUAGAGAAGUUCAACAAGUUUUUGCAGAAAUGUAAAAAAUGGAUGGGCUGCCCAACCCAGCUGGAUAUGGCUUCAGACUCUGUUGAUGACAUGUACGACAAAUGUGAAGAGAAGAUGAAGGAAGAAAUAGAGAAAAAAUUUUUACCAAAUGAGCAAAACAAAAAUAAAAACUUCAAACAGGCCUGGAAUAAUGCCGAGGAAUACUACAAGAGAAAAUGGGAGAAGAAGAACCCGCAGCUGAAGAAAGAACAAAUCAUGGCUCUUCAUGCGUACACCCUUGAUGACCCACCUUUAUACCGUGAAUUCAACGACGCAGUCCGAACACAAAAAUCUGAGUACAAAACCAAAUUCCCGUAUCACACUCUGCACUUCUACCUCACCAUGGCUCUGCGCACCAUCAAACCUAAAGCAGAAAAUUGUGUCACCGUUUUCCGGAGAACACCCUGUAAAUUCACCAAAAAUGUUCUCAACAAAGAGAUUCGUUUUAGUGCUUUUACCUCCAGUUCAAUGGGUGAAUACUGUGACAAAAUGUUUGGUGAAGAAUCGUGCUUUGAGAUCUCCACAUGUUUUGGAGUAGACAUCUCACAGUACUCCAAGUUUGAGACAGAAAGAGAAGUCCUGAUCCCUCCUUACGAGGUUUUUAAAGUUAAAGAAAUAAAGAAAAGCUCUGAGCUCAACAAGCUUCCUUGUAAGGUUGUCUACAAACUUCAGAGCACAAAAACAACUCAUUCCAAUCUGAACUGUACUUUUUUCAGCAAGAAAUGAAAAAUUCUGCUCUUAUUGAAACAUUCUGGAAAUAAAAAUAACUCUGCCAAUUUGGACAAAAUGUUAUAUUUUUUUUCCAAAGAAAAUGGGCCUAAUCAAAUCCAUUUUACACAGUGAUGUCAUUAGAUAAUAUUAUAACAAAUAUACAACAGUGAGUGUGAAAACCUAUGUAAGAUUUUGAAUAAGUGUUUAAAUUGUGAAGCUGGAUUUCAGUAAGGACAGAUAACAUUAGUUUGCUCUACAACCAUUAACUUUCUUCUCUUUUUUUCUCAAUAAAAUGUAAGCCCAAAUCAUUGCUAUGAAUUUUUUCUGACUCAGCUUGUUACAGCAAAUGGCCUCCCAAACUGAACUUUGUGAUGUCUGUAUGCAAUUUCAACAGUGCAAAAAAAAAAAAAAUCAAUAAAAGUAAAAUGUCAAAUGCUUCAUUAAA